GAAAAAAGUGGUGUAAUGCAACUACUCACACUAUUUGAUACGUUAAUGACCAAGCACAAUGUGACCUACUUCAUGUACAGCGGGACAUUGAUUGGUUCCUACAGACAUCACGGCAUGAUUCCCUGGGAUGAUGAUAUUGAUGUCAUUUUAUCAAAAAAUCUCAAAGGACGUCUCAAACAAACUUUCUCCAAUGUCUCCACAGACUAUAAAUUGUACAUUAAUCCAACAUGUGGCGGGAAAUUGUUUCUGUCGCGCAGCAAGCUAUUUCCACGACACCCUUGGAGUUAUCCGUUUCUAGAUCUCUUUUUCUAUGGAGAGAACGCCACUCACAUAUGGGACACGUGCCCUCAUUACAAAAAAGAGUUCUGUUAUCCGAAGUCGAUUGUAUUUCCCCUAAGGAGACGACCGUUUGAGAACCUGUCUUUGUGGGCCCCUCAUGACACCAGAGCUGUGAUUAGCAAGACGUACAAGCCAGACGAGUGCGUGUCGUCUGGCUAUAACCAUUCAAUCGAACAAAGAAUAAAAUGGAUUCAAGUUCAAUGUUCGAGGUUAUAUUCGUUGCACCCGUUUGUGACGAGAAAGAAUGUCAAUGGCGGUUGCAAUGAAACUCUGGUGUACAAAGGAAACAUC